GAAGGAGCUACUACCCAAGGCUACUGAAGGAGUUUUGGUGUCUCUGAGGUAGGUAGCUCAUAAGCAUCUCUCCUUGCCCAAGAAGAACUGGUAUACUUUUCAGAGGAGAAAGGCCGGCAGAGCUGCGACACAGACCUGCCAAGAACUCUCCUUCUGUGCUCACCAUGGCGCAGCGGGACGCUGCUAAGGAGUGUCCUCCUGGGAAGGCGCAAGAGGCGGAUGCGGAGAGCAGCAGCAGCCUCUCCGCACAGCCCAGGCCGAGCCAGGCCCGACGCCGUCCGUGGAGCCAGCGGGCACAAAACUCGGGCAGCCGGACAGGAAAACCAAUAAGGCUGAACCGUGUGCCAUUGCUGCGUGCUGAGAUCAGCAGCCCCAGUGCCGCCAGCCGGGCCCCACGCCGUCCGUGGAGCCAGCGGGCACAAAACUCGGGCAGCCGGACAGGAAAACCAAUAAGGCUGAACCGUGUGCCAUUGCUGCGUGCUGAGACCAGCAGCCCCAGUGCCGCCAGCCAGGCCUUGUCAGGGCUGGCCCAGGGCACGGGGCCGGUCAACAGCAGCAGCGGCAGCAGCGGCAGCUUGCCCCGCCAGCAGCAGGGCGCGAAGCCAGGCUGCCCACAGGGAGCCACAGAGCCGCAGGCACCCGAGGGCCCGCCGGCAAAGCGCCGCAGGAUCGGCGAUGUGCCAGCCCCGAGCGCUGAGACCAGCAGCCCUGGCACUGCCACUCAGGUGGUGUCAGGGCUGCCUCAGAGCGCGGUGCUGGUCAGUGGCAGCAGCAGCUUCCCCCGCCGGCAGAAGGGCACGAAGCGACGCUACCCACAGGGAGCCACAGAGCCGCAGGCACCCGAGGGCCCGCCGGCAAAGCGCCGCAGGAUCGGCGAUGUGCCAGCCCCGAGCGCUGAGACCAGCAGCCCUGGCACUGCCACUCAGGUGUCAGGGCUGCCUCAGAGCGCGGUGCUGGUCAGUGGCAGCAGCAGCUUCCCCCGCCGGCGGCAGAAGGGCACGAAGCGACGCUACCCACAGGGAGCCACAGAGCCGCAGGCACCCGAGAGCCCGAGGGCCCGCCGGCAAAGCGCCGCAGGAUCGGCGAUGUGCCAGCCCCGAGCGCUGAGACCAGCAGCCCUGGCACCACCGGUCAAGCGGCGGCGAGGCUGUCCCAGGGUGCUCCGUCAGCCAGGAGACAAGCAGCUCCAUACAGAGCACCGUGGCUCUUCCCCGGUCUGUGACCAACCGCUCCCAGCCCAGGCCCCUUCCUGUGAGACACGUCUGGCGGCAAGAGCGGCGGGCAAGAAAGCCCUACAGUCGGCCUGA